AUGAACGAUGAAUUUCGACAUUUUAUUAUUGAUUAUCCAUCUCUCAAUCUCUUAAAUUCAUGGAAACAAAAGAAAUCUCCUCUCCAAGAUAUCGAACAAAAAGGCGUUAAAACAGCUGAAGGAUUUGAAGCUGGUAUUACAGAAGCACCUUCAAGAGAUUGGGGUGGCCUUGUUAAAACAAUACUAUGUCCUGAUUCUUUUCUGGAUGGAAUACCAGGCUUUGAACAUUGGUUCUAUAGCAUAGGAAUAAUGUGUAAAGCGUCACAACAUUAUCUUGAUGGUGGUUUACCAGCAUACUUUGGUAAAACUAACUCUGAAGAAGUUUUAACAUCGAAAGUUCGAUUAUGGAGUGCAAUCAAAGAUUACAACAUUUAUCUCAAAUGUUCUUGCCAACAAAAUUUAUAUAUCACAGUCCUCUGUACAUUAUUUUCUCUCUUGAUAUUUCUAUAA